CCUAACAACGUGCUCAUCUUGUGUGGAAACGCGCAUGGUUUCUUAUGUCUUCCUCUGUCAAAAAUCAGGGAUAUCCAUCAUAAUUCCCCAUAUGGCCGCGCUAUGGCUACGGCGGGAGCUGUUAAGAUAGGUUAACUCACUGUGAAGUCUCCGCGAAGCAAAGAGCUGAUGACGUUGGGUUGAAUGACCAAUGGGAAGGCGCUGCCCUUUGGAGACAAACCAUUUUACUUGUAGUGUCUGCAUCAAGUCUGGAAGCCAGAACUCAAAUUUAACAGAAUCCAUCUUAAAAUCUCUGCCUUUACUCAUGCUUACCUUCCGCCACACUGAGCGAGCAUUCGCGAAAGAAAAAAAAGACGACGAAAACUUGGAGUUAAUAGGGUAAUAUCGCCUUGGAGAGAAGGACACUACGAGAGACCCAUUUGGAAUUGAGGGACUAGGAGGGGGGCGAGUAAGUGCUCUCAAAGCAGAAAAUUUGAUGAUGACAAUGACUACGAUGGCUGACGGGCUGGAGGCUCAGGACUCGUCCAAGUCUGCUUUCAUGGAGUUUGGUCAACAGUCGCACUCACAGCAGACUUCCCCGUCCAUGGCCGCCGGCCACUACCCGCUCCACUGUCUCCACUCCGGGUCCCACGCUCAUCACCAACACGACAACUCGCCGUACUCCGCGACCAAUUCUUACAACAGGUCCCUGCCUUACUCGUAUGUGAGCCAUGCCCACCACAGCCCAUACCUUCCGUCCUACCACAAUAACAACACCGGCGGUCAAACAAGGUUAGAUGCCACAGAACAGCAGAAAACAACAGUUAUCGAAAAUGGAGAAAUCCGAUUCAACGGGAAGGGUAAAAAAAUCCGAAAACCUCGAACCAUCUAUUCCAGCCUUCAGCUCCAGGCGUUAAAUCACCGCUUCCAACAGACACAGUAUCUUGCACUACCGGAGAGAGCCGAGCUGGCUGCUUCACUUGGUUUAACGCAAACACAGGUAAAAAUCUGGUUCCAGAACAAGAGGUCGAAAUUCAAGAAGCUUUUGAAACAAGGAGGUAACCCGCACGAGAGUGACCCCCUGCCCGGAUCUAUCGCCCUGUCGCCGCGGUCACCUGCCAUCCCUCCGAUAUGGGACGUGUCUGCUUCGACAAAAGGAAUGAACAUGACGCCCAACAGCUACAUGGCCGGCUACUCUCCCUGGUACUCGUCCCCGCACCAGGAAUCAAUGCAGAGAUAGAGUGCACAUAACCAAGCGCCAUGCAGUGUCGACUAGGCCCAAGGCCCCCCACAACUCAACAGAUUACUCCAGCCUGCACACGGGCAUCCACAAGCCUCAAGACAAAGACUCAGUUCAUUUGAAGGAGUGACCUAUACAAAUACAAUUGAAGGAUGACAGAAGACUGUCCUUUUUGAUUGAGUUUUGCAAAGGGGACUAACCGUUAAUUUGCUGAGUGGGACUGCACUUAUAGCCUAUGCUUUCGCCGCUAUCAAGAGAGACAUUUCCAGAAACCAAAUGCAUCACCAAAUACUACGUCUGUGGAACAGGACCUAAUGCAGAAUAGACGACUACCGCCAUGACAACUACAAAUGAAUGAACUUAAACCUGCUGUCUUUGCGUCCAUAAUGGUUGUUUAUAAAAAUGCAAAAGAAAGCAAUCUGUGUAUAUAUUGUCGGACCCUUUGAUGUACAUAUACUUUUUAUGUUUUGUCUUUCGUAAAUGGAGUAAA